UAGCAGGCAUGUGACAAUUUUCAUCAUAAAAAAGAAAACUGCUUGAAAAAAAACCUAAAUUUACGUUUCGGACAAUUUGUAUACUUCUAAAUUAAAAGUAAUGCGUGAAAUUGUAACCCUGCAUCUGGGCCAAUGUGGCAACAAAAUCGCCCAAACCUUCUGGGAAACCAUCUGCGAGGAACACUGUCUGAACGAACGCGGUCAAUUUGUUGGGAAGCACUUCCUACCGCUGCAGCGCAUCAACGUGUACUACGAUGAGGCUCCGUGCUGCAACUUCGUUCCGAGAGCCAUCUUUGCCGAUCUAGAACCGGGUACGAUGCUCGGGCUGAAGUGCAGCCGUUUUGGGCAGCUUUUUUCUCCGGAAAGUAUGGUCAACGGGGUGCUCGGCGCAGGUAACAACUGGGCACGCGGAUAUCACACGGAAGGCGCCGAGAUGUUGGAUAAGAUCAUGAACGUGGCUAGGAAAUUGGUGGAAGGAUGCGAUUGUUUCCAGGGAUUUCAGAUGGUGCAUUCAAUCGGUGGGGGAACAGGAUCCGGCUUGGGGACGUUAAUGAUGGAGAACCUGAAGGAUGAAUAUCCACGGAAGAUUAUUAAUACUUUCAGCGUGAUACCGUCUGAGAAGGUGUCAGAGGUUGUGGUGGAACCGUACAAUGCUGUAUUCGCAUUGAACGGCAUGAUAGAAUGCAGUGACGAAACGUUCUGUCUGGACAAUGAAGCCCUUUUUAACAUCAAUAUGACGACUCUUCGGGUCGAAAAACCCACAAUUGACGAUCUCAACCACCUGAUAUCUAUGGCAAUGUCCGGAAUAACCUGCAGCUUCCGUUACCCCGGCCAAUUGAACUCAGAUCUUCGGAAGCUGUUGACCAACAUGGUUCCUUACAAAAAACUACACUUUUUCGUACCCGGCGUUGCGCCACUCACGUCUAAGGAAAGUCAAUGCUAUCGAGGUCUCUCGGUUCCGGAACUGGUCUAUCAAAUCUUCGACGAACGCAACCUCAUGGCGGCUUGUUCGCCAUCGAAGGGCAAAUAUUUGACAGCAGCCGCUCUUUUCCGAGGACGCGUAUCCACCAGAAAUGUGGAAGAACAAAUGGCCAACAUAAGGCAGAAAAACUCUGACAGCUUCUCUCAUUCGAUUCCGAAUAAUGUAAAAUCGGCCAUUUGUGACAUUCCACCGGUGGGGUUGAAAAUGGCUGCGACUUUCAUAGCAAACACCACAGCCAUCACUCAGUUGUUCCAACGGCUGUUGAAUCAAUUCGGUACCAUGUACAGACGGAAAGCCUUCCUGCACUGGUACACAGGCGAAGGAAUGGAGGAGAGGGAGUUUGUAGAUGCCGAACAGUGUUUGAGGGAGCUGAUCAAAGAAUAUGAGUGUCAAGAGGAUUCGGGAGCGAUUCAAUCAAUACGAGGUUCUGUGCAAGAUAGUUGAUAAAUGAAGCGUUGUCAUAUUGUUGCAAAUCAUAAUAAAAUCAAACUUGCCCCUUAUCAUUCAUAACCUAGGCCUAGGGGUAAGUGGGGCAAAAUUUCCACAUGGGGCAAGACAGC